AUGACAAAGUCCACGCCUCUGGUGGCAGGUGCCUUAGGCACCGCGCUCUACUUUGCGUCGCCUUCCUUCGUGCCACCGGCUGCGCCACACGCUGCAACUGCAGUGCCCGACAGUGUUCAGAGGCCCGCGCCCACUGGGGCCCUUGGUCUUGGUGCCACUGCCGUGGGCGCAGCGGCGGCCCUGGGAUCCGUGGCCGCGGGCCGCCAGCGCAUUGCACGGAAAGCCGAGGCCGUGUUGGAAGAGGCCGAGCCGCCCUUUGACCCCAAGAAGGAGCCAGGGGUGACGCUGCCGCUGUUCUACUUCGAUCCUCUUGGCUUCGCCAAGGAAGGGGAUCGCGAAGGCUUUUACCAGCUGCGAUCUGCUGAGCUCAAGCACGGUCGAGUGGCGAUGAUCGCUUCGCUGGGCUGUGUGUUCCAGCAUUGGUUCCGCCUCCCAGGCUUCGAAGAUGUUCCUUCUGGAAUCCAAGCUGCCAUUACGCCUCCAGGCACUUACGGACUGCUGGCCAUCGUUGCUUUGGGAGGAGCCCUGGAAUUUACGAUCUUCAAGCAGGACCCAGAGAUGGACCCAGGUGACUUCGGAGACCCCGCUGGCUUCGGGCAAACCUACACAGAGUGGAAAGACCGGGAGUUGAACAACUGCCGCAUGGGGAUGGUCUCUUUCCUGGGCAUCGUCAUCGCAGAGCUUGCCACUGGAAAGGAUGGCGUGGACCAGAUCUGGACACCUCUUGGGAACCUCAAGCCCGAGUGA